CUAGCUACAGGACCAAACCAAGGAGCGCGCUCGCGCUGGCUUUGUCUUCGACUUCACUCUGAUCUUCUUCCCCUCAACUGCUAGCGUCAGCAGCGGAUGCGAGCCGCAUGUGGAAUCGUCCUUUCUUGUCGCUGCUGCACCGCACCGACUUGUAGUUUUCUUGAAAUCAAGACUGGAAGUCUGCAUUCGACCUUUGGACUUGAACUUUUGAAGUCGACCUGGCCCUGUCUGGAGAUCUAUCCCGGUAUCCGCGGCUGGCUACCUAGCUAGCUGUGGACGCAUGAAGACCGAAGACCAAACUGACUGUGACCGUGUGGCCGUGUGGGUGUGAACUACUUGCCGACCUGGUGUUCUGUGUAUGUACCGCCGGUCACAACACAAUGCCACGUGUGCCGUGCUGCUCCGGUUGCUCGGACGAGCCGGAACGGGAGGAUCCGUACGCACAGUUUUCCGACACGAAGCUCUUCAUCGAGUCGGUGUCGGAGCGUGCCAAGACGCACCGGCAGCAGCUGGCUCUAGAGGCGGCGAAAGCUCGUGAUAGGGUCGACUCCGGUUCGAAUCCAGACGAUGAUACCACGGCAGGCCCCCAAACCAGUCUGCAGCGGUUGCAGCGCAACAAUCCGUUUCAAGGCGUCCCGAUGUGCCCCGCCAUGCUCUUCUCGCAGGGCCAAGAAGCCAAGAUCUGCCUAUUCUGUGGGGAGGCGUUCGGAGUGAGCCGCCGCCGCCACCACUGCCGCCUGUGCGGGCAUGUGUUUCACGGUGGACGGUGCUCGCGCAAGGAGCGCCUGACUGCCAGCCAAGCGGAGCCGGUCACAGUAUGUGCGCUGUGCUACGGCUUCUACACGCACUACCGACAGUCCAUGCAGCGAGGAAGGAAGUUCACGGAGUACGGGCGCAACCGCAGCUGCAUCCACCGCUCCAUGGUGCUGUCAUCGGAGUGCGAUGCGCUGCAUCUGGGCCAGCCGAUACGCAUAGCCGGGCGAAGCAGCGAGCGUCAUUUGCGAGAUACUGCAAGCAUAACCGACAUACAGCUGGUGGACGUUGCAGAAGUCAGCCUGGGCUACCCGUCCGGUGCACUGAUGGGCCUAUCGGAGGGUGCAGAUGCCCCCGUCAUUAAACUGGCAACCACCAGCCGCUCCCUUCUCCUCGGUCUAGAGUCGCGUGAGGACCAGAAACUGUGGCUGGAGGGUGUGCGCGCAGCGGUACAUGUCACCAAGCGUGCAGUGUUCAUUGCUGAGGCCAGUGGAGAGUCAUGGCGUCAGGAAAACCAGAGCAUUAUGACCCGCCGCAGCAAGGAGAGAGCACGGCGCAUGCUUGGCUACAGUCUCGCCAAGGACAAGUGGAGUGAGCCGAUUGCAUCGCCACCGCCAGCUUCGUCACGCAUGCCCAAUCAGCCACAGCAGCAGCAGUCACAAUCGGCACGUCGCACAAGUGGUUCAACACCGGAAGGAGGCCAGCAGCAGCCGCAUCAUCAUCAACAUCAGAGGCAGCAGCACGGCAGCAGCACGACCGCCGCUGUGUCCUACGACCGCACGUCCGUCUCCAGCGACACGGACAGUGUUCCCAGCGUACCGCAGAACAGUGCCACAAACAGCGGAUGCCCCUCGCCGCUGCCUGCACGUCGCACAGCAGCCUACCCACCGCCGUCAGCUAACAACAGCAGCAAUGGCAACAAUAACAACAACAGCAGUAGAAGCUCGUCGUCCCGGCCCGUGCACACCGAUCUUGCUCAGGCCGUUGUGGAGAUGGAAAUGAGCGAUGUGGCGGCCAACGGACAGAAGCAGAAGUGGACGGUGCGCGCAACCUCCAGCAUGCCCCAGUCGCCACCGCGGAAAGUCAACAGCCCCGCCGCCGACUCUGAGCAUCAUCAUCAUCAGCAGCAGCAACAACAGCAUCAGCAGCAAAUGCACGCCACACGUGUAUCGCCGCGUGACUACACCCCGUCGCCUAGUCACAUGCACAUUGGUGGUCUUGACUCUGAUGACGGUGCGGCUGCGACUGCUGGUGGUGAUGACAUUGGUGGUGGAGACCGGGCAGCAUCAGCAGCAGCGGGAGCACUCUGGCCGACGGACGGCAGGCGGCCACAGAGACCGCCGCGUCGCAAGCCAGGCCCGCCUCGUCCUCCGCCGCCUGCCAUUGUGCGCGCAUCACCGCCGGUGCCCAUCGACGAGACGCUCGACGAGUCGGCCUACAUCUCAAAGCUUGCCGCCGACAUACCCGUUGCUCCCCUCCAGCGUGACAGCGCGCAGCAACGCUCCUCCGGUCGCCGCCAGCGAUCACCGGUGACGAAAGACUCCUCCUCGGCAAUCCUGAGCCCGACGGAUGCACCGGCAGCGAUGGGGCCGACUGGACCCACGUCGCUGAUACGUGCCGCUCAGCUGCGCCUCUCGGGUCGUCGCUCUCCCAAACCAGCAGCUCCUGCCAGGGGUGCAUCCCCCGCUGCAGCUGCUUCUGCCAGAGGUGCGUCCCCCGCUGCUGCUGCUGCGGCGGCGUCGGUGACGGGCUAUCGGAACUCUCCACAGCGGGGCGAAGCAGCAACAGCAGGUACGCCGACGUCACCGCUAGCCUACCCACAGCCUGUAGCGUGCAUACCGAGCGAUGACUACGGGCAUGCAGCAGCACAGACGGCUCGACCACUGGAGCUUGCAGCUUCUCCGUUACACCAAGCCAAUGCUGCUGCUGCUGCUGCUGCUGCUGCUGCUGCUGCGCCGUCCGAUGAGAUGGAGUAUGCCACGGAGGAUGAUUGAGCAGAGGACACGCCGUGUACUGCCAUCAACGUGUGUGUUUUCCGGUGAGAUCCAGUGUAUUGACUCAAAACUGACUUCUGAGACGGACUAAUGCUAAUAAACUGCUAAUCACCUGUGCCUUCAGUGUCAGACCAGUGAUAGUGACGACCUCUUCAUCCAUUCUCGCAAUGCAGCGUAACAAAGAGCUUUGUUUUCUUGUUAUUUCUCUUUCUGACCACGACUACAAUGUAGUAGCCGCUUAGAAGUGUCUUUUUUCAAGUGA